CUAGGGUUUAUUACCAGAAGCAAUGAAAGUUCUUUUGCAAAACAAGGAGUUGUGGCAGAGAUUCAGACAGCAUCAGACAGAGAUGAUGAUCACAAAGUCCGGCAGGAGAAUGUGCCCAAUUAUCUCACUGAAGUUCGAGGACCUUACUCCGCGUCAAUUUUAUACAGUUAUGAUAGACUUUGUAUUGAUGGAUGAGUACAGAUAUUCCUUUGACACGAGAACUAAUACCUGGGUACCUUACUGCCGUGAGUUACCGGCUGAGGAAGGCUAUGCCAAAGUGUUUGUUCAUCCAGAAACGCCUUGGAAUGGAGCCACUCUCAUGAUGAACGGGCUCACCUUUAAAACACUGAAGCUCACGAACAGUUUUAAAACGGCGGAAAAAUCACCACAGGCGAUUCUUCUUAGCACGAUGAGGCGAUACACGCCCCGUAUUCACGUAUUAGAAAGUCCCAAUGGAAUUUACUUUGAUUAUAAAUUGAGAAAAGAGUUCUACUUCUCUGAGAUGGAGUUUAUGGCUGUGUCUCAGUACAGAAACAAGAAUAUCACCGAACUCAAAAUAGACGCCAAUCCAUUUGCCUCGGCUUACAGAAGAGACGGAUUACACGGUCAAGCUAAAAGACGCCGCAUGGAAAGUCAGGUUACGUGUGGGGACGAGAGAACCUCGGAUGAUGGUCCACCGUCCAGUAGUUCAAGUGUCCAGGAUUUUAUUGUCAACGGAGACGAGUUAGAUAAAGAAAGUAACCAGUCAUCUUCAAACGAACAUCCUGAAGAAUCUUCGCUUGAAGAAAGCUUCAUCCCUAACGAGAAAAAAGCUCUAGGGAUAAACUUUUUCACACCCAGUCAGCAAGGAAUCAGCAAAGCUCUACCAAACGUAAACAGCUCAACUCGAGCCGAGUUGAAUAGCCAAGAACAAGCAGGAAUAAAUAGCCAGGAAGAAAUACUAUCCAAUGUGUCACCAGUCACUCAAAAUCAAACCCAAAGUGAAACUAGUGACAACGAGUCGAAUCUUGUGUGCGAAGAAUCCCGUGAAUGGAUGUGGGGAUUUGACCACCAGAUGUUAGCGAGAUAUGAAUUUGAAAACUCCAUUGAAAGAAGCCAGAGAGCCAGCCAUGGUCCUCGAUUGCAAAAUGCCGAUUACGCCAAAGAGUCCUUUAGCGAUGAAACUAAAACAAGAGUGAGUAGGAGGAAAAAGUAUGUGCCUAGAAGGCUUCAAAGAAGGGAAGAUCUGUCUUCACUAAACACCUGUUCUGCUUCAAAGAACGAAGAAGAAACAAACGAGGGCGAAGCAGUGGAUAUACAGAACUUAAACGAAGAGAGUGUUAAGUUAUCACAACCGAGUAACACCCACAGCGACGAUGAUACAAUACAAUCUGUAUCUACAAGGUGCUCAGAAGAAAUUGAAAGGACACCCAUCGCACGUUGCGGUUCACAUCAGCCAGAGACAGUCAAUUCCUACGUGGACGCUGUGUUGCCAUCCAGUGUUAGGACUAAAUCAGGAGUUUUGUUUGUGAUUGGUCAGAAUGCGUCACAGUCGGCGAGCAGUGUAGCCGACGAACAAGUGGCUGGUGUCACCAGUUCUUCUACAAGGACAGAGGACCUUACAGGCUCUUCUCUUGAUGCAUUGAUUGUGUUGUGUUCAAAAGCCGGGAUGAAUACGCUGGGCAACCGAGAUUUAACCGAAAUUAUAAAUAGCCAAACAGUUAUCAAUGCUUCACUAGAAGCAGACGAAGUGGUGAGUUCAGAAAGUAGCGGUUCUACUUUGCGUAAGGAAACAGAAGAAACAUCGACUGAUUCUUCCAUUCGUCAGCUUUCUGAAGGAUCAAAUAGUACCUCCUCAAUUUCUCUGACCCCUCAGACUGUUGAACAAAAGACUGUAGGGCCCUGUGUCGUCUCAAUGUCGUCUCAGUACAAUGGACGUGCGUCAACAUCCCAGGCAACAGUGUCUACUUUUGCAGUCAUCAAGAGUAGCGGGAGUACUAUCAUAGCCGACCCAAUAAAUCAGACACCGAAAGUUACCGACGUUCACCGACAGUCACCGACAGUUACGGUUGAAUGUCGGGGGGGCGCCACUGCGGUGACAACAUCUUGUGUCGAGAAACCUUACCCUGUGAUCGUUGAGACAUAUUCAAGGUCUCAUGUGUCGAAUACUUCCAAUCGCGGACAACAACUGGACAGAAAACAAACGAGAUACAAACAUAUCGCUCCUGCUCCCAGCAAGUCAAUAAACGCCAGUUUUGAUGAGCCCGCGUGCAAUGCUCCUGUGACUAGUAGUGAUUGUAAUAGCGGGAUUCUUUAUCCCACAAUAUUGGAUACUUUCACUCUGGCAAAUUUUGAUGGACUCAAUGCUGCAGAGAAACCAGAUUUGUAUUUCAUUCCACCUUAUAACUCACCCCUGCCCGAAGUUAAUCAAGGAUAUGCUUUUGCGCCAUAUCGUUUUGGUGUUACGCCUGUGGAAAAAAACUUUAUGCAGGAAUUUAGGUUGGAGAAAUUCUACUCGUUUUCUUCAGCAAGAGAAUUUGUGAAGUCUCCCGUUCGACCUCAAGCUCGCCACUACAAAACGACCCGCACAAACUUUAGCCGACUAAGCCUUGAACCUAUUUGUAGCGUGAUUCAUCCGCUGAAAGGAUCCAUAUUACCGUCUCUAUCUGAUAAUUCUGCCAUCAGUGAAGUUUCAGCUCAAAAAGCAUGGGGAUGGCGGAGUUGAUAGGUUUGAUAGAUAAC